AGUUGAUUUUUCUCCCUCAAUUCUCUCGAAAAUUAAUUAGAAAAAAAUAAAAUGGUAAAUAAGAAUUAUUGGGGAGGUUAAAAAAUGACAAGGCACAAGAUACACACACUCUUGGUGACGAUUAUUUCCACAGAAACACACUCUCGUUCUCUCCGCCCCUCUCUGCCCCCUCCAUCCUAUAUUAAUUUCUCUCUCCUUUUCUCUCGAUUCAUUGCUUCCUUCUCCUCAAUCUCCGUCUCCCUUCUCUCUCUCUAGAUUUCAGCCUAUUCCCGCGGCAAUCACCAACCUUUUGGGGUUCCUCCCCGUUGCAUUGCGCCCUUGCGGGAAAAAUGGCGUGUUCAGCUACGGCAAAAAUCAUUCACAAUCCUCUGGUGCUCAGCUCCUCCAGAUCUGCUGAAAAGUCUGAAUCUUGCUGCAAAAUCUCCGGACCCACGUCGUUUCUGGGCUCCAAAUUUCUCGGAAAUAAGUUGCUCUCUGCUAACUCCGCGAUUUCUCCUGCUAGCCGCCGAUCUGGCGCCGUCGUGGCAGUUUCCUCCGAUGUUGUUAAGGAGAAGAAGCUCAAGUCCAGCUCCCCCGUCGCUAAUCUGCUGAUAACAAAAGAAGAGGGAUUGGUAUUGUAUGAGGACAUGAUUCUGGGAAGAGCGUUCGAGGAUAUGUGUGCCCAGAUGUACUACAGAGGCAAAAUGUUUGGUUUUGUUCAUUUGUACAAUGGUCAGGAGGCUGUAUCCACUGGCUUUAUCAAGCUCUUGAAGAAGGAAGAUUGUGUGGUCAGUACUUACCGUGAUCAUGUGCAUGCGUUGAGCAAAGGUGUUCCAGCCCGUCAGGUCAUGAGUGAGCUCUUUGGCAAAACCACAGGUUGCUGCAGGGGCCAGGGUGGUUCGAUGCACAUGUUCUCCAAGGAGCACAACCUUCUUGGUGGUUUUGCUUUCAUCGGUGAAGGAAUUCCUGUUGCAACUGGGGCCGCCUUUACUAGCAAGUACAAGAGAGAAGUCCUGAAGGAGGAUUGUGAUGAGGUGACUUUGGCAUUUUUUGGGGACGGGACUUGCAACAACGGCCAGUUCUUUGAAUGCUUGAACAUGGCUUCGUUGUGGAAGCUUCCCAUUGUUUUUGUUGUUGAAAACAAUUUGUGGGCUAUUGGGAUGUCCCAUUUGAGGUCCACCUCCGAUCCUCAGAUUUGGAAGAAAGGUCCGGCUUUUGGGAUGCCCGGUGUUCAUGUUGAUGGUAUGGAUGUUUUGAAGGUGAGGGAGGUUGCACAGGAGGCUAUUGGUAGGGCUAGAAGAGGUGAAGGUCCGACUUUGGUUGAGUGCGAGACCUAUAGGUUCAGAGGGCACUCUUUGGCUGAUCCCGAUGAGCUACGUGACCCUGCCGAGAAGGCUCAUUAUGCCACAAGAGACCCCAUCACCGCGUUAAAGAAGUAUCUAUUCGAAAACAACUUGGCAAGCGAAGCUGAGCUGAAGGCCAUAGACAAGAAGAUUGAAGAAAUCAUCGAAGACUCUGUUGAGUUUGCUGACGAGAGCCCAGUUCCAGCUCGCAAUCAACUGCUGGAGAAUGUGUUUGCUGAUCCGAGGGGAUUUGGGAUCGGACCUGAUGGUAAGUACAGAUGUGAGGACCCUAAAUUUACUGAAGGAACUGCUCAAGUCUAGCCUCAAAAUGUAGGUCAAAAUCAGCAGCCAUAACUGACAGCAGGAGCAAGCCUUACUCUUAUAUUGCUAGUGUUUUGGGGGGAUCUUGUUGUCCAGGCAGUUUCAGUUUUUCAAUUUUUUUGUUUUAUGUUUCUUUUUUGUGGGUCUAAUUUAUUGUUGUUUGUCGGAAACUGUUUGAAAUAGCGGUUAAGCCAUUGUUGCUCAUGUUUUCCUAUCAACUCUACUUGUCUUUCAACAAUUCUUUGGUGUAUAAACAAAGAAGCUUACCUGCA